ACCACACAGACAUUCUUGUUUUCCAAGGACAGCUAACGGUCUCAGACUAAAGCAGGGGAUUUUAUGUGGUCAAAGUUCUACUCUAAUCUGGACAGCAGACUGGUCAGUGAACAGUGGAACAACAGAGCAGAAACAACCAAUUGAUGGAAGUUGAAAGUGGACAAAUCUGAAGCAUUGCCCACCACUGGAGAUUCUGACUGUAACACGAACAGUAUGAAUGUUCCUCAACUGUCUCACAGGUGUUCCCUCACACUGGCCUGCUGUGCGGAAGCUGGUGGGGUCACCUGUGCCAAAGCCCCCCAGGUCACUGGGGUCACAGUUCAGCUGGAGAUGCACGCGCUGUGGCAACAGUUUGACCAGCUGGGCACAGAGAUGAUCGUCACCAAGGCUGGGAGGAGGAUGUUCCCUACCUUCCAGGUCAGUAUCUCAGGGAUGGACCCUGCAGCGGAAUAUGUGCUGCUCAUGGACUUCAUCCCUGUGGAUGACAAGAGAUACAGAUAUGCGUUCCACAGCUCCUCGUGGCUGGUGGCGGGCCGGGCCGAUGUGGCAGCCCCGGGGAGGAUGCACUUCCACCCAGACUCCCCCGCCAGAGGGUCCCAGUGGAUGAAACAGAUGGUCUCCUUCGACGCACUCAAACUGACCAACAACCUGCUGGAUGAUAAUGGACAUAUGAUCUUGAACUCCAUGCAUCGUUACCAGCCUCGAUUCCAUGUGGUGUAUGUGGACCCACGGCGGGACAGCCAGCUUCAUGCCCACCGCAACUUCUGCACCUUCUCCUUCCCUGAAACACACUUCAUAGCCGUCACUGCCUACCAGAACCACAGGAUCACCCAGUUGAAGAUAGCCAGUAACCCGUUUGCAAAGGGCUUCCGAACUACUAAUCCUGACGCCUGGGUGGGCAGGGUGGGCAACGCCAGGCCCCUGCCUCACUCUCUGCCCACCUGGCAGCCACAGGAGGGCAGCCAUGAGCCUGGCAGUAUGUCAGGAGAGCAGCGAGCACAGAACCUAAAGAGUCUAUCAAGACAAGAGGAUUCAAACAUUGUCUCUUUAUCAACACUGCAUCGUGAACUAGGCCACCAUUGCAGGGAAGACAUCAGCUGUACCAGUGAGAGAAAGGAUGUGGAGAAUAAUAUUUUUCCACCCUUGACUUUCAUCCCCCUUCCCACCCUCUGGGAAUGUCCAGGUACUUCAGAGAGACUGAACCUGGGAUGAGAGGAGGGAAUUUCUUCCAUAGUUCCAUUACUACAGAUCUUCCUACAGUAGCCCACAUUCUCCUUCAAUAUGUGAAUAUCUCUCUUCAUUAUUUCUCAAAGGAACCAAGUGAAAAUGUUCUAUCAUGAGCUCAAUCCUUUAGCUUAUUUUCUAUUUUCUUUGAUUGUUUCAUCUUGGGUUGGUGAUUUUAGAUAUUUUUUACACAAAGCACACAAGGCAAUAUAGGGAAAUUAAUUGUUUGAAGUGGAAAAUAUUGUUAUUCAAAU